GACGGAAGAAAAGUAAGAUCAAAGGAAAGAAAAGUGAACGCAGUGUGUUUGAUGUCUACAGCUAAAUAUAGUGUAAUAUACCGUGAAAACCUCCAACGGAGCCACCGGAUCCAAAAAAUGGAGGGGGGUCCCAACGAGAUCUUUGCGCCGUACAACGUAACUCGUCGCGCUGAUUCUGAAUAUGCAAAAAUCUCGGUUGACGCAUCUCUAGAAAAAAACCAUCAAAUUUUGAUAUGUGAUGUAUAAGAAAACAAAAAACAAAAUAGUGCUCCACCUUGCAUGUAAGCUGAGCAGUAUCUGCAAAAGUUUUCCUUUUUAUCGGUGCGUAUUCUCCAUGAUGAGCUAAAAUUCCAAAAUUGAAAAUGAAAUACUAUGGAUGUUACGGUACCUGAAAAAAUAAAAUAUUUAAUUCCAAUGUUUAGUAUUCUUUCGCUUUUCAGUUCUUCGUGAUUAAAAAAUACGCUCCUGGGUGGACUUGAACCACCAACCUUUUGGUUAACAGCCAAACGCGCUAACCGAUUGCGCUACAAGAGCACGUUCUCGUUCAACUCGUUCUGCUUGGUAUACAAGAAAAUCUGUAAACGAUGAUACUAUAGGUAUAGGUUCAUAUUCCAUCAUGACGUACUCUCUCUCUAGCACAAAAUUGGAAUUUCAUCAUAUAUUUUCUUCAGCACAUCAUCCACAAUCCAGUGGAAUGAUAGAGAGAUUUAAUGUCACCUUUAUUCCACAAAUAGCUAAAUUACAAGACUCGGAAUGUAACAACUCAGACUAGGUUUUAGAUCCGGUGGUGUUCGCUGUAAUACCGACGUUCAUUCAGCCACAAAUUUCUCACCAUAUGAGCUACAAUUUGGGAGAAAACCGCGUUUGCCGAUCGAUCCACCGCCAACACAACUGAAUUACCAAUCCAUCCGACUACUAUGCUCAGUUGAAUAAAUCACUUAAACUAUAUCAAUUAUAUUCACGUGAAAAUAUGAUCAAAGAACAAACUGUUUCCACUAUAAGAUACAAUAAAAAUAGAAAAGACAAACAUUAUAAUAUAGGGGAUUAUGUUUUAACAAGGAUCCAAGGAAAUCGUUUGAAAUUAGAUCCACGAUUUCAUCCUACUCCAACGAUUAUAAUCAAAGAAAAGCAUCCAAUAUAUGUCGUAGAAGAUCCAGAAACAAAUCAAACAUCACAAAUGCACGUAAAUGACCUUCGUCCCAUUUUGGAGGUCAAUUUAACAAUGUAA